AUUAAAGGUAAGAAAAAGACAAAGAGGAAGAAGAAUCAGAAGAAGACGGAAAGAGUUGAAAAGACUUAAAAAAAUCUCUUUCUCUUUUGUUGUUGGAGUGUUCUUUUCUCUCUCAAGCUCUUCCAUGUUUCGCUUCUCCUAGAUCUUUUGGUUAGAAGAGUGUGAAGUGAAUGAAAGAUGCAGCACAACAGCUUUUACAUGGGGUACAAUCACUUAAACCGUGACAUUGGUACGGAUGCAAGAACCGGCUAUCGUUUGUAUCCUGUUCAAGACAUUGAUUCGGUCUUAACCAAUGGAUAUGGAUCAAAUGUGAAUGUUGAUGAUGAAGAUAGGCUCUCUGCAUUGUAUGGUGAUCUUUAUCUUAGACAGUUGAAGGAAACACUGAAGCACACCAUGCUUAUACAUGAAUCUGUUUUUGAAAGCCAGAUCCAAGAGCUUCAUCGUUUGUAUCAAAGGCAGAAGGAACUGAUGAUGGAAAUGGAGGGAACUCGUAAUACAACUCACUGGCUGAGCUCAAGCGUCUCCAUGUAUCAAACUAGGAGUCUUCCUUAUGAAGAAAACAUUCCUAAGCAAGUUGAAUCUCUAGAAAAUGUCAAGAAGUCUGAAAAGAUGGUCUUGGAUCUUGAUUUACCGGUUCUUGAGUGUCAUGAUGGAGAUGAAGAGACAAUUUUGAUGAAUGGUGAAGUCCAUGAAGUUGCAAAUAAGCUGCAAUUUGAUUUGAAUGAACCGGCUGAGAUUGAGGAACAAUAUCAGUUCCUGAGUCCAGUUGCAUCCAAGGAUUCUGAUAAAAAGAAUGAGGGAGAAGAUUCAGUAAAAGGUUCCUGCUGGAUGUAUGAAGUGCAAGGUUAUAGAAUUGACUUGAACAUGUGUCCCCUUUCAUCUGAAGAUGAAGUAAAUGUUGUUAAGAAGCUUGGAGCAGAGAAACGUCAAGAGUGUGUAUCAGAGCAGUCACGAGUGUUGGUUCAAGCUCUACCAUGUUUAAACAGCACUCUACUUUUGAACAAGCCACAUGACGACUCAUAUAAGCCAAAGAAGAAGAAGUUAAAACUUGGUCCAACCAACAAAAGUUUCAAGGCCAGUUCAGAAUCUCAGACCAAUCAAGUGACUACUGAUAAAAGGAGUUCUAGUUCUGUAAGAAACCAGACUAAAGUAGUUGCGAAAAAGAAAAAGAAGAAGAACAGAAGAAUAUGUCUUGUUAAAGAGGGAAAUUAUCAAGAGAUACCUGCAGCUGAGGCUAUGGUUGACAUGUCUAGAAAGUCUGGUCGUGAAGCCUCUGAUUUUAUCACAUCCUUGAGCAAAAAUCUACUUCUGUUGGCUGAGGUUUCUUCUUUGGCUGUUGGAGGCUACGAGCUAGACUACUCUGAGGACACAACAGAUAUGACUCUGGAGGACCACAAGAGAUCUCUGAGAUCGAGUACUGCAUACAACAAAACAGCAGUCUCCAGCAUUGUCCUUAAAAAGCAGAAGAGAAGCAAUGUCAGGGGGAAACGCAAAAAUGACCAGCACACAUUUUCAGAAUGUGAAGCCAAUGAGGAUGUGCAGGUAAAGAUAGACGAUGUUUCUGACCUAGAAGGGGACUGUGAGUUCACCAAGACGAAGAGAAGAAGCUCUCCUCUUAAACGGAUAGAGGGUUUCACAUGGGGAGCCAAAAGUAAGAGAAGACGAGGCUGUAGAAUCCCUGUUGCUGAUUUUCAGCAUAUGAUCAUCAACCAAUAGUGUAGCCAAAACUAAAGAGGCUGAUUCACAGACAAAUUCAAGCUGGCUUUUAC